CACUAUACAAAAGUAUAAAUUCCUUCAGUUCGAGGUGUGUGUGAGGUGAAGGAGGUGAACGUCGAUGCGAACGUUCCCUCGUCAGUAAUUCUCUUUAUGGAGUUCAGAUAUUUUAGAAAGGAUCUUUGGCUUGUAGAAUAAACACAACAUAAACUUAUGAGCAGUUUUCGUUUGUAAGUGCAGAGUGAAAAGGGUUUGUGUUUUGGCUCUGUGAUAUCUGGAGUGGUUGUGGUGAGAGACGGAUAAAAACACGAGAUUACUGGUUACAUUAAUCAUCCUGCUCGCUGGCGUAGUGUAAAAAAAAACAGAAAGUGUGUGAGAAUUCUUUUUAAUGCUUUUAAAUGAUACACACCUCACGUCACAAGAGAAGACUCUUUUCAGAUUUUCAGGUGGUUGCUAACUUUGAGCUACAAUUAAUGAUUUAAAAGAAAAAUACUGAGAAAAACAUGUUCCGUCACAGGUGGGAGCGUCGUUUAAAAAAGAUCAUAAUUAGUUGGGGGUUUUUUUUUUCAAUCUGCACUGCGGUGUUAACCGAGUGACUGUCGCGGAUGUUAAUCUAUUAAUCUAUACGGCCGAACGUUCUCUCGGAGCCGCGGACGUAACACACGGCUAGCUCCUGCUUUUUUUCACUCAAUAGAAUUCCUGAACGAAGUUUCUGAGCGAGAUUUCAAACACAAAGGCGGCUCUAUAAAGUGUGUAAGUGCAGCGUAGAUUGUUGAAUAUAAACAGGACAGCCGUGCUGUGUUUGGCCUAAACACUGGGCCGUGAGUCGCGUUUCCAUUGAAACAGCACACAGAUGGCACGGACAAGCUGCCAACAGUAUUUUUGCAUGAACACAUAGAUAAAAACCUGUCAGGCAGUUGAUGGUUAAUAACCAAAUUUCUUUACCAAACAUAUUUUGUUUAGGCAAAGAGACAGGGUGCGCAGGCAGUGCGUCGGCCCUUUAAAUCCAUACGCGAGCAGGCAGGCGUUUCACCCCGCGUGAGAAAUGUAUCUUGGAUUCUAAUAGGGAAGUUGUGCGUUUGCCAAGGUGCAUGCGUGUGUCCUCAGCUAACCCCGGCACCCAUAUGGCGCUCGGCAGAGUCCACGUGAGGAUCGCUGUGAGUUUCUGGAGGGAAAAAUAUCUGGAAGUGGUUUGUAAAAGAGAGAUGAAAAAAUAAAACAGAGGGCGAUUGUGUGAAGGCUCGUUUCAUGCCUGGGAGAGAUGAAGUGAGAGCAGUGUGUUUCACCAGCACCAGCAACCUGUAGCAUCGUGACCCUGUGCCUCUCACAACCACACACACAUACACACACACCCAGACACACGCACGCACGGACGGACGGACGGACGGACGGACGGUCGACUACAACAGAGCGCCAGCUGACUGUUGCCGCCAUCAGCCGCAAAGGGGAUGACUGAGCGCGUUCACAACAUCAACCUACACAACUUCAGCAGCUCGGUACUGGAGACCCUGAACGAGCAGCGCAACCGCGGGCAUUUCUGCGACGUGACGGUGCGCAUCCACGGCAGCAUGCUGCGCGCCCACCGCUGCGUGCUCGCCGCCGCCAGCCCCUUCUUCCAGGACAAGCUGCUGCUGGGCUACAGCGACAUUGAGGUGCCGGCGGUGGUGUCGGUGCAGUCGGUGCAGAAGCUCAUUGACUUCAUGUACAGCGGCGCAUUGCGCGUGGCCCACUCAGAAGCACUGCAGAUCCUCACGGCCGCCAGCAUCCUGCAGAUCAAGACCGUCAUCGAUGAGUGCACGCGCAUCGUCUCACAUGCGUCGGCCCAAGAGACGCCACGCGGCACGCCCGACUCGGGAACCUCGGGCCCCGGGAGCGACGCGGAGCAAGGACUGGAACGCGCCUACUCGUCCAUCUACUCCGGACUGGAGCUGCAGAAUGGCACACGGAGCGAGCGUCAGCACUACACCAGCAUUUCCAUUCCCGGCAACUUCGACCCCCUGCAGCAGAAAGACGGCAUGCAGGACCCGUCGCUAUGGGUGACUCGACUGCACCAGCAGUCGGAGCGUUUUCUGGGCUCAUCCGAGACCACGCACUGCCGCAAGCAGCCCCGCCCAGUCCGCCUGCACACGGCCGAUCAUGACGUGCGCAUAAAACAGGAGAGGCCGAGCGAGGAGACAUACGGCUGCUAUGGCUUAGAAGUGGAGGACGCCAACGGAGAGCCCAAAGGGGAGAGCUUUGACUCUGGUGUCAGCUCCUCCGUCGGCACAGAGAACGACCCCUCGGAGCAGCACUUCAUGCCUGGAUUCGGACGUGAGGGCGAGACGGAGGUUGGCACACCGGUGCACAUCGAUGUGACCGACUCGUCCCCAGAGCAGAGCCAGGAGAUGGCUGAAGACAACAUCAGCGGGGAUGGAAGAGACAUUGUGAUGGACCAGCCGCCGUUGUCCAACCCCGCGGUUCCCAGUUCCGUUCCCGGUGGCCAGCUUUACAUUCGACCCUGCGACACCAUCGCUGCAAAUUUGCGCAUGCCGCUGACGCUAAGCAGCAGCAACAACACGUACCUGCCUACGCUGUUCGCCCCGCAGCCUUCAGCCAACGAGAACAAGUCGUUCCUCUUCAGCCUGCCACAGACGGUCAGCUCCCAGCAGCCCCAGUUCGUGGCCGUUCCUCCUCACAGCAUGGCGCCAUUCCCCAGCGGCCUGAGCGGAGUGCCAACCGCCGGCACGCAGCAGCAACAGCAGCCCACUGCCACCGGGGUGGUGCAGCAGGGCGAGAAGAAGCCGUACGCCUGCACCCUGUGCUGCAAAACCUUCACUGCCAAACAGAACUACGUCAAACACAUGUUCGUGCACACCGGUGAGAAGCCGCACCAGUGCAGCAUCUGCUGGCGCUCGUUCUCCCUGAAGGAUUACCUGAUCAAGCACAUGGUGACCCACACAGGCGUGCGCGCCUACCAGUGCAGCAUCUGCAACAAGCGCUUCACACAGAAGAGCUCGCUCAACGUGCACAUGCGCCUGCACCGCGGCGAGAAGUCCUACGAGUGCUACAUCUGCAAGAAGAAGUUCUCCCACAAGACCCUGCUGGAGAGGCACAUGGCGCUGCACAGCACCGCGCCCGGGGUCACCGGGGUCGUCACUGGGGUCACCGGCGUUGUCACCGGGGUCACAGGGGUUGUCACCGGGGUCUCUGCCAGCAACCCGGCAGGCACCACCUCCAUCCCGGUGCAGAUGGCCGUCCCCGAACCCGGCCCCGGAGUCGUGGCUCUGGCCAUGCCGGUAGGAGGAGGCGGAGCAGGGGGAGGAGUCAGUGGAUCCGGAGUGGGCGUGGCCUCAGAGGCAAGCUGCCAGGAAGCGACGACCUACAUGUGCUCCGUGUGCCCGGUCAAAUUUGACCAAAUCGAGCACUUCAACGACCACAUGCGCAAGCACGUCUCUGACGGAUAAGUACAAAAUAUAUACCGAAAAAGUUUUAAAAAAAAAAAACUUUUUAAACAACAACAAAAAAAAAAAGAAUGAAAAAUAAUGGCACUAGAUUUUUUUUGUUUAUUUGUUUGUUUUCCCUAAAAUUGGGGGCAUGAAGAGUAAUGAGUAUAGACACUGGCACAUUGAGUUGAGUUUUCCCAGAAAACAAAAAGUUUUUUUUUUUGUUUGUUUUUUGUUUUGUUUUUUUGGUCGCUUUUUGUCGUUAUUCUUAAAGAAUUAAAAAACCAUAGAUGGUGGCCUUAAGGCUGUGUAGUUGGCGACUGAUCCACUGGCUGGAUCCAAACUACCGGCCUCUAAAUGUAUGAUUUCCUUACUGAUUUAUGUGUUGAACACUACCGAAAGGCCUGCGAAAGAUACUCACACACACUCGCACACACACACUCUUUUAUAUAUAUAUAUAUAUAUAUAUAUAUAUAUAUAUACACACACACACACAUAUAUAUAUACACAGACUACUUAUACACUUACAUAACGUAGAGUGAGUCGUAUCGUAUGUGUGCAUAUGUGGCUGUGUGUGUGUGUGUGUUUGUGUGUGUGUGUGUGUGUGCAAAACCGUGACAUUUUUAAAGCGUUUUCCCAUGUAGACCGUACUGGAUGCCACGGCGUCCUGAUUACUGUGGUAAACCUUUACAAAAAAAAAAAAAACAAUAUCUGGCUUGGAUUCGUUGGAAAGUGAAGACGGUCACACGUUUGCCUUUUUUCCGUCAGAUCAGAAUUCCACACUGGCUCUUAUUUAUUACACGGAUUAAACAAUGCGUUCGAGAAAUCAAAUCGAGUCGUCGCAAGGAAAAGAACGUCUGACUCCCUGUAUGAUGUUUUUUUUUUUUUAUCUUAUCCGUAUCCUUUAUCUGCCCAACACACCCCACCCUCUCCCUGCCCCGCCCCGCCCCGCCCCGUAUACCCCCUCCACACCACCCCACCUCUCCCUGUUCCACCCCGAUCCCCUUUUAGACGGCUGGAGUGCAGUUUACAGGAGGAGGGACUGGGUUAGAGUUUGUCAGUAUUUCAGCUUUGUGAAUCCGUGUUGCGAACACUGCCACUGAAAGACUGUUAUUUGACCUCUUCCUAAAAACAAGAGAAGAAAAAAACAAACAAGAAAAUGGAAUUAAAAAAGAGUAAGAAGCCCGGGAACAACAGAGGCUUCUUUAUUUCUCUCAAAAGGUUCUCAAAAACAUAUUUCUCAUCACUUUACGAUUGAAAUUGAAAUAAAAAUAAGAAGAUGAGCGCAGUCUCGCGCGGCUCGGUGUUAGCGGCUGCGCCACACACUCGCGCGUUCAGACUGUUACACCCCGACGCGGCGUGCUGAAGCUUUUCUCACUAUUCUCACUACUACACCAGCCGCUGACACCGAGCCAGUUAGCGACCCGGACACAAAUAACCCAACGUCCAAAAAUAAAGAAGGAAAAAAGGAAAAGGAGUUUUAAAGGAAAAAAAAAAGAAAAAAACAAAGCUGCUUCCUGUUAGCGACGUCCGCCGUGACUCAGCUGUUUGGGCGGGUGGGGCGACUCAAGUGCACUACUCCUGAUCCCUAAGCCCCACCUAGUGGCUCAAACGGCCCGGCGUGAGCUUUCUUUUUUCUUUUCCUUUUUUUUGGCUGACAGGAAGCACAAAGAGUGUGAGAAGGAGAAAAGAUAGAUAAAGAGAGGGAGCGAGAGAGGACUAGCCGAAAUAAACACACCCCUUCACUAUCUAGUGCACUUACUCUAUUGGGAGCCAUUUUAUACAGCAUUUUUGACAUGAAAUCCCACAAUGCACUGCAGCAGAACAGCGUACCCAUAAUGCAUCAUGCUUUGUAGGGAAGAAAAAAGAAUAAUUGUAAAAAAAAUUGUAAAAAAAAAAAAAAAAAACCCGGUCCUUUUUCUCUUUUCCUUCAUUCAUUUAUUUGUUCAUUUGUUUGUCUUUAGGAUUCUGUUCCUGACUGAAGUGCACUACUUCUGAUCCCUAACCCCCAUCUAGUAGCUCCAACAGACCUCAGCUCACAAAACAGACAGACAGACAGACAGACAGAGACACAGACAAACAGAGACACAGACAAACAGAGACACAGACAGAGACACAGACAGACAAAGACACAGACAGAGACACAGACAGACAAAGACAGAGACAAAGACAGAGACACAGACAGACAAAGACACAGACAGAGACACAGACAGACAGAGACACAGACAGACAGAGACACAGACAGAGACAAAGACACAGACAGAGACACAGACAGACAGAGACAAAGACACAGACACAGAGAGACAGACAGACAGAGAUACAGACAGAGACACAGACAGAAAAAAGACACAGAGAAAGACAGACCGACAAAAAGACAGAGACAUAUAGACAGAGACAGACAGACAGGUCAAAACCACACCUUGUCCUAGCUAGUGCACUAUUUUAGGGUUUUCUUCAAAAAUGCAAACAGACAGAAAGAGACAGAAAAUCAACACCGUCUCAUUUCUUGCUGACUGAUUUACUGACUACUUUUCAUCCCUAAGCCCUUUUGUUGUGGCCCAGUGGGAAAAAGUAGAAAGACACAGAAAGAGUGAGAGGUGUCCAAAGCCACACCCUGUCCUCCUGAGCUAUUUUAAGAGUCCUGGAACAUUUAGUUCUGCUAAAUUCCCACAAUGCAUCGCUGUGUGAUGGUCGCAGCCUGAAGUGCACUACUCACGAGCCCUAAACCCUUUGUAGUGGAAAAAAGAGUAGAGAUUGAGACGUGUCCCAAACCACAUGCACCAGACGACGUACCGUCUAGUGCACUAUUUUAGGAUCUGUGUCUGAUCUCACGGCCCACAAACAGUCAGAGAGACGUGUCCAAAAUCUCACCCUGUUCACUACAUAGUGCACUAGCUCUAGACUUCCCACAAUGCAGGUUGUCAGUUUGAGUCACUAGAUCAGUUCCCUUGUAAGAAACCCAGUUUUAUUUUGUGUGUUUAAACACAGCCCAGAGUGUGUGUGUGUGUGUGUGUGUGUGUGUGUGUGUGUGUGUGUGUGUGUGUGUGACAAUGAGGUCAUUUCAGCAUUGCUGCCCCGGCUUUAGUCCGCUGCUCGCUCUCUUCACAUCCACACGCCCACCCCGUUAUUUACCGUCGUGACAAAAAAAAAAAAAAAGCAAUCGUAAUAAUAAUAAAUUUCAUUUUCCAACAAAAAAAAAAAGAAAUAAUAAUAUGUUCGUUUAUCGAGAAACAAAACAUCAGAGUGUUACUUUGCACACUUUUAAACGCCUGUGCUUCGUAUGAAAUUGUUUCAAUUGUUUUUCCUGCUUUGUCGGUUUUAAAGGAUUUUUUUGUUGUUUUUGUUUUUGGGGUUUUGUUUUUUUUUGGAGAAAAAGGACUGCAUGGUUUUUUCUCACGUCUAUGUUUUGCACUGCAGAAACCGAUAAGUGCACUACUGUUACCACAGAGGUUCUAGUUUUAGAGAGAGAAAAAGCGUUUUUAUCUAAAUGAGUUGAGUUUUGUGUUCAGUAGCUUUGUUUCUUUCUCUUUUCAUUUCUUUUCUUUCUUUUUUUACGAGAUGAUGAUGAUGAUGAUGAUGAUGAUUAAUGUUUUGCGAUUUUGUUAUUAGCACUCGCUAGUAUUCACUUGUGAUGUGUUUGUUUUGGUGGUUGUGUGUUUUUGUUCAUUUUUUCUUCCUAUUUAAAUCCGUACCAUGUCGUAUGUGUGUAUGUGUGAGUGUGUGUGUGUGUGUGUGUAUAUGUGUGUGGGGGGGUGGGGGGUGGGGGGUUGUUUUAAAAAUCUUUCUGCAUCCCCACCAGCAGUCUCAUACGCUGAAACACACACAGACACACAGUGAACCGUUUCAUACCAAACAACAUCUGAAACGUGUGUGUUGUGAAUAUAAAUUGUGUUGUAGAGGCAGUUGUGUUGUUGGUUGUGCAGCUUUUUAUUGUGUAUUGUGCAAAGAUUUUGUGUGUGUGUGUGUGUGAGAGAGAGAGAUGCCUGAACUGUAGGGCUUCCUUUGCAAUGUGCAGUGCAGGUACUGCGUUUGUGUGUUUGUGUGUGUGUGUGUGUUUGUGUGUGUGUGUGUGUGUGUGUGUGUGUUAUCCGCCAGCACAGUUUCACAACUUCACAAGAACAAUCACAGCAAAUAAAAUAAAUAACACACACCCCCAGAGCACAGCACAGCGACAGGCCUCAGUCCACUUCCUCACACAAACACACAUACACACACACACACACUUGCAGGAGAUGAUGCGCUUUAUUAUCAAACAGGAAGUUGUGUCCGGUUGUGAGAGACACUCAGGCAUGUGCCAAUGUUUUAUUCUCAUUUCAUCAUCAUACUGUAUUAAUGGGUUUGAGUGCACAGCUCUGUGUGUGUGUGUGUGUGUGUGUGUGUGUGUGUGUGUGUGGAACCUUCAGGAAGGUUGGACUGAUGUCAUUUCCUGUUGCAGUGAGAUUACAUCAGCCCGGAGCUCAGUGUGCUUUAAUUAGACACGUACAGCGUGAGGAGGAGAGACGAAGCCCUUCACCUUCACCAGAACGCUCAGCGUGUUAGCUCCGCCCACUUUUUAAGGAAAAGGACAUCAGGCUUUGAACUCGUAUUAGACAGCGCUCACAUACACUGCGCUCUGAUACGUCGCGUUCACAAAUACACGUCUCCAUCAGCCAAUACAAAUGAAGGAGGCUUUGUGUCUGAUCCGUAACCAGUGGGCGAAUCUCCCAGAAAUCUCUGGGAUUAAAUGCGUUUUCUCACCUGCUAGAAGUUUCUCUCUGGAGACAUUGACACCCAAACAAACGAUCUGUCGUGACCUCAAACAAACUUUCCCUUUAUCAAAGAAACUAAAGACAAUCAGUCAGCUGUCCGACUCAAGCCAAAAAUACAGCAAAGAUUCAACCAAAUGUUCAACUAAAGUAAGAUUAAGGAUUAAAAUAAAAUAAAAAGUAUGACACAAAAAUAAACUUAAACUAAAGUGAAGCUUUUUAGGCAAAACUGAAUCGAAUAUUAAUCACAGACGAAGCCACAAGUGAAAUUGUACGUCACCUAGCAGACGAAUAUAUAUUUUGACGUUAAAAACAGCAGUUUAUUGUUCGAGACCAAACAGUGAACCUGCAUUUAUCCCGACACAGAGACCUUCACCUGAGCUGCACCUCACACCUGUACACACACCUGUACACACACCUGUACACACACCUGUACACACACCAUGACACCAGACUUCACAGAGCUGAUCAUCGGCACAUGUCUGAGUCAUUUCUCCGAGUCUCUCAGCAGACGAAUCUCCUGUUGUUUGUCAGAAGGAUAAGAACGCUCCAGAGAAUUCUGGGAAUGCAGUUCACGCCCUAUUUACAACAUUAAGGCUUGCUGAACGAAUCAAAGCCGAGUGAAUCAGACGAGCGAAUCACUCAGACGAGCUCCACGAUUCGUUUUGUGAUUCAGUUCAAGCCCGAGUCUUAGGAGCGAAGACUCGUUUAUCUGUUCAGUGAGGAUUAGCAGACGGGCUGCACGUCAUCUAGGAUUCUUUAAAUAAAUAAAACAAACACCUUGAUGAUGAUGAUGAUGAUGAAGAACGCAUUUUGUCGGCCAUCAUGUUUGUGCCCUUAAAACCAGCCUUAAUGACAUUUAACAACCAAAAUGCACUAAAGCGUGUACAAGGUGCUCUCGCAAUACAGCAGUGCAAAUCACCUGUUAUUUACACACACACACACACACACACACACACACACUUACACAUCCUCACUCACACACUCAUUCACACAAUCACAAACACACACACACUCGUUCACACACAUUUUCAGAUAUUUUCUCAGUACACUUCUAUAUAACUUCGCCGUUCACAGUUUUUAUCUAUAAUCACCUUUUCGUGUUAUCGCAGAGGUUCGAGCUCAGAGACUCUUUACCUUCAUGUAUUUAAAAAAAAGAAAAAAGAACUAAAAAAAAGAAAUAUAUAUCUACCUAUCUAUCUAUCUAUCUAUCUAUCUAUCUAUCUAUCUAUCUAUCUUUUCACCUGUUGUUCGUUUUUUUACACAUCUACACCGUCCCAAAAAACCCAAACACAACGUUCUCGUCCAGAUCCAACACACAUGACAUCUGCCCUGCGCUACGCCUCCGAGGCUAACGUAGCUAACAGAAGAUUAUAACCACCAGAUUAGCCUCACACACUCCCCUCAGAACACCACACUUAGUUUGUUAAUUAACUGUGAAGAAGUUUAUUAUCAUCCGAAUUACUUCUAACUCUGAGCUCCACCCUUUACGCCUCGCCACCUAACGUCUCACAUCCACAUGUCUGCUUACGACAGUAAAACAUCUCCCGAGGCUAAACUGGAGGACAUUCGCUUCUGUUAUCUGAUUCGUUUGAGCUAUAGCAGACAACACGUUUGGGUUUUUUGUUUUUCUUUCUUUUUUAAGACGAUUUUAUCACAAGAUUUUCAGCAGGUAAUUCAGUUUUUUGGGGGUUUUAUGGUCAUUUUUCACAUUUAUUCAUUUACACACACACACACAUAAGCACGCACACACAAAAUGCUCUAGUUUUUAUUCUUUUUAGUGUACAGUUACAGAAUCUUACUCUUACAGAUCUGCUAAAGUAUGUGUGUGUUUGUGUGUGUGUGUGUGUGUGUGUUUGUGUCUUGGGAUUUGUUCUUUAUAUUUUUACACUUUUCCUAUCUGGUAGUUUGUUUUCUUUUGGGCACAGAAAUAAUAUGUAACUUCACACCGCCUUUAUCUGCUGGUACAAAACAAUAUCUCUACUUUUCUUUCUUUCUUUCUUUUUUCUUUCUUUCACAUUACAACACGCUGGUAUGAUUCAUGUUCUCAUACACACUCAUAUCUGAAACUCCGACAGCGUUAUUCAGAAACACCGCAGAGAUGUUCAAGUGUCUCAACAGUUUUAAUUCCAAAACCCCUUCAGUUAAACCGCUUCACACCCCGUCAGCAUCGUUAUUAUUAUUAUUAUUAUUAUUAUAUGCUGAUUAUUUGUGUAAACAUAUAUAAAAAAACACGUUUUCUCGUAUUUAAAAACGAACACGUCACUGUAUUUAUGUACUUUUUCUUCUCUUGCUUUUCUCAUCAGCACCAUCUCACGUUUCACACGAGUGCUAAAAAAAAAGCUCGACGUUUAUUGGUUGCCCUGGCUACACCCCUUCAUCGACACACACACCCCCACACACACACACACACAUGCCCCUCCCCCUUCGUAUCCACAAACCACAAACAACCAGUCAGGGUCUGAAGGGGUUAGAAUUGUCAUCAACACCCCAGAACUACACACACACACACACACACACACACACACACAGUGCUGUACAUACAAUAAAACAAGCAACGAUUUUUUUUGUUUUGUUGUUGAAAAAAAUGCCGUUUAAUAACAAAGUGCCUCUUUGUAUAGCUGCAAGCUUGAAACUCUACGUCACUGUCACCCACAACACCAUGUGUUAUAAUAUUAAUCAUAAUAAUCAUAAAACUGUACAGUAUUCUUUCACUAGCAAACUUAAUCACUGCCUGAAACAAAUCCCAAGUGAAGUUUAAAGUAUUGAUUACCAGCAAUAAUGAAAUACAGAUCAAAUAAAAAAAAAACCUAGGAAACAUUUUUAAGAGAAUAAUAAACCCUGUGCUUUGCCUUGUGUAACGUCAGCACCGUGAGUAAGGGUGUGUGUCCUGAACCCUGAAAUCACCAAAAUAACACCGUUUUUAUUCAAUAUUUUCGUCCAAAGUGCCCUGGUCUACUACACACACACUCACACACACUCACACAUACACACAGAUAAAAAAAAAAAGUUAUUUGCAGAGCCUUUUUUUGUGUGUGUAAUGUGAUUUCUUCCGCUUUACAACGUCAGCACUUAGACUUUAACCUUCAGUUUGGCUCUGUAGAGAAAGUGUGUUGUGUCGUGUGUGUGUGUGAGUGUGUGUGUGUGUGUGUGUGUGUGCGAUAUCGUGAGUAGAGAAGUGCCGAUAAUCAUUGCGAUGUUUUACGCUGUGGAAUAUUAGUGUAGUGAACGUGUAGUCGCUGUGUUGCGGUUCGAUGUUUUAUCCGUACGAUUAAACUAAAUCUCACACUUUCACAGUAACGUUAGAGGAAACAAAUCCGCGCCGAAUCCCAGAAUCUGUCAAAUCUGCUACUCUAUUAGUCAGUACUGAUCAUGUCAGAAAGACGCCGCACGUUCUGGAACAAACACACAGCGUGCAGCGCCGAUAAAACUCACAUACGCUUCCCCCCACCCGAGUUUUAGUCUUGGCCGAUUCCCGCCCACCAGCCAGUUCUCAAUAGCUUCCGACCGGAGACAUAAAGGCUAACACGUGCUUCCUGGGAGAUGUGUGAAGUCAGCCAUCUUUAACACCUGCUGCAUCACAGAGCAGAGUGACACAGGAACUCAGAGUGCCGUCUGCCCUCUUCCAUAUACACGAGCUCACACGAUUGGCUAUCACUGUGAUCGACAGCAGAGAGAGAGAGAGUCAGAAACAUGAACAAGGGACAAAUCACACUAAAGUAAUGGAAUUAUUCAGUCGUACACGUGAACCUGUGACAUAUUAACAGCCAUCAGAGAUUUCCUUCUUUAAUUAAAACGUCAUGGUUUUCAAGUAAGGUGAGCGCCGCGACGGCAUCGAGGCUUCGUCGUGUACUGUCACGUCACCUCACGUCACGUCGUACUUUGAGUUUUUUACUCACAGCUGCUUUAAAUCACUGCUUUAUUCAUCCACUUUCCUUUCAGCAUCUGUACAUUUACAGCAGUAAUGAUACCAAUCCAAAGAGGAAACACACACACACACACACACACACACACACACCUUGUUUAUAACAACAAAUCUUUAUUCUACACACGAGACAGUAUACAGAGACUUAGAGAAGAACAAAUAUUUAUGAAAUACAGAAGCAGAUUAUUCUUCAUUUAUCAGAGCGGAUAAUAGUGCAGUAGGAGCUUGCGUAUGAAAUUAACACACACACACACACACACCCCUAAUCCACUCGCUGAUACACACACACACACCAGUGCAUGCUGAUGCGAGCGGUUUUUCUGGUUAAUAAGAGGCUCUGGAUUGUUCAGGAACAGUCAUGUGGAAGCGGAGGGGAAACACGCCGACGCUGCAGAUAGAAGAGAAACAACCAAUAAAAUCGUCUCUUCUGAUUAAAGCACUAAACUGUAACUAGGAAGAAAUUCUUUAGAUUUAUUUAAGAUAUUUUAUCCGAGUCCGGACUCGCGACUCUUCCCAGUUCUCCUGGAAUAUUAUCCCACAGCUGUUUAAGGACAUUUUGGGCCCAACAUAGUGAAUUUGUUCAAUCUUUUUUUUUUAGUUUUAAUAAUUUAAUAGGAAAAGUUAUACACCAGAGCGUGUGGAUGUUCAGACGUAUGGAGGUGAUGAACCUCUGAAGCUCCUGGUCCAGUUCACUCGAAAUAUUCUGAAUGAUCUGUAGAACAUCAGACGGCGCUGCAGUAUUAUCAUCCCCAUCAUUAUCCCCGACGUCAGUAUUGUAGCCGCGUCGUCGUGUCGCUUUUGCCAUAAAAACUCGUCCUUGAGAAAAUAAAAGCAGCGUUAACGUGAGGAAGAAAAACACACGUGGCGGAAAUCUCAGCCGUCGCUCACAUUCCCCUGAUUAAUCACAGACAUUCCUCACUUCUCUCAGCUAUUCAGCCCCACAAAUAUCAACCUUCUGCUUUUUUGUCUUUCUGAACACUUUUAAUUAUAAGCAGAAAUGAAAAAAAAAAAGAAUCAAAUCAAUGAAACGUCGGAGAAAGCAAGCAUUCCUGUCGUUCCCCACAUUUCUGCCGCAUGCCGACCAACACUCGUUUAUUACCUUCACUCGCUCCACAGAGUAACUUCACUUACACAAUAAUCCGUGAUCAUAUCAGAAAGACACACACACAACACACACACACACACACAAAUCGUCUGGAGACCGAAUUCACUCAGAUAUUUACAGAAAAAGAGCUUUUUAUUUCUCCGACCGAUUUAAUGGAAUAUAAAAAAGUCUAAGAGAGAGACGGGAUUUAAUCAGCAGCCGUGCGAUAGAGAAGUGUGACGAUAAACACACACACACAAAACACACACACUCUCUCUCUCUCUUACACACUCUUACACACACGGUUGUGAGUGUGAGCUGGACGUGGUGUGUUACAGUGUUUAUUAUAUAGAGUACGGUGUGUUCGCGCGAGCUCAGGAUGGACGUUAACUCUAAUACAGACAGAAGUGUGCGGCGUCCGGUGUGUGUUCCAUAAAAAACGCUGAUGUGAAGCGUGAGGAAACGUUCUGCUGCGUGAGAGACGAGUCUCGGUGAGCGUCCGAGUGUUAAAACGCCCGCAGACGCUCUUGAGCCUCUCACCGGUCCGAACAGAUCCACCUGCACUGUGCGACUUUCACUACGUGCUUUGGGUCACGUGCGCUGUAUCUACGCUGGGCUGCUAACGCUAAUGCUAAUCUCAGCUGCCCGAAGCUUCCACGCUGAUCGAGCUCCGUCUUUAUUCAUAAUAAUUUUCCCUUUAAUUUAAUUUCAGUAAAAAAGAAAACACAUGAACGGCGUAUUAUUAUUAUUAUUAUUAUUAUUAUUAUUGUUGUUGUUGUUGUUGUUGUUUUCGUUCCUGUAAACACCAAAGAGCAUCAGCGUGUCUGUGCAUCAGACGUCUUCACGUGAUUUGUUAGGAUUUGUUUUGAUUUUUAGCCGAAGUUUAAACACACAACAUCAGAAUCUGCUCAAACUUACAGAGACCAAAAAAAACCCCGAUUAUUUAUUCAUUUUUUUAAAAAAAAAAAUUAAAAUUAAAAAUCAGAUCGUUAAAAAAAUCCGACUCGACACCUGUGCAGUGAUUCAGGAGAAUAAAAGAAAAAAAAACAUCUUACGAAGUCGUUAACGUGCGAUCGGUCGGUUCGGAGCCGAAAUAAAUCGGCGAAUAAACGAUGAUUAAAAUGCACUGGAUCAGUGGAAUAAAUCAGUCCCGCUUUCAUUUUCUUCUGAAUAUUUUUGUAGAAUUAUUCUUAUGUUUUUCUUUUUUUGAUCAAUUAAAAAGGACCAAGCUGUGUAUUUGUUUGCACAUUAUUCUAAUAUUAUUAUUCUUCUUCUAUUAUUUGUAUUAUUAUUGAUUUUUUUCUGUCUGUUUUCUCGCAGACGCUCUCGCACGAAUCUUCUCACGAAUUCAAAAACACGUCACACGUUUGAAACUCUAGUGCCUGUUUCUACGCAUGUUUUCGUAUUUUACAGCAUCUUGCAUGGAUUCGCUCGGUCUUACACACACACACACACACACACACACACACACACACACACACACACAGACAACGACAAAAGCAACCACGAGCGAUAUUCGUGCGCGUCGUCAUGACGACCUAAAGGACCAAACGUUCCCUGUUUAUGUUUUUGUUUGUUUGUUUGUUUCCUGUGAGGUAAAUAUCCAUGACUUUUAUUCUGUAGUGUAAAUAUGUUGGGUGGAAAACGUUGAUAUCAGAGUAGAAUGUAAAGCCCGUGGUCAUUAGAUAAAGGCAAUAUUAUGGUGAAGCAUGAGUUCAUUUAGAGUACAUGGGUUAGCUAAUAUCUGUCCACAUAUAUAUAUAUAUUUAUACACACACACACACACACACACACACACACACACACAUAUCUAUAUCUAUAUAUCUAUAUAUCUCUAUCUCCACAUAUACACAUAUAUAUAUUUAUAGCCAAAUGUCCCUGUUAGCAUCCGACUUCCCGUUUUAAGGUCAUGUAGAAGACAGUGCUGUUAAUCUGGAGUCUGUUUAUUCUGCCCUGCUUUUCCUUAGCUGACUAACACACACACACACACACACACACACACACACACACACUCACAUGUACACGAGCUCUUAUUACACCUCACUCACUUUCACUCUUUCUUCCUUCCUUCCUUUUUCUUUUCUUCCAUUCUGGCCUCAUGCUAAAGGUUUCUUCUGUACACAGUGAUGCUGUCGUAGUGACGCUAGAAAAAGAUUUGACUUGUUCAAAGGAAUAAAGAAACACAGAAAUAAUAAAAGAAGUAACUAAGCAACCCUAAAUUAUAUGCUGCAGUUCAAUUUUUAAAAAAACAACAAAAAAACUUUUUUUUAAAUUAUUUUUUAAAAAAUCUUUCUCGUGUGUUCGCUUCUUGACGACUGCUGUUCCAGCGGCGAGCUCGGCUUCCUGCCCUGUUUCUCCUGUUGGAUUUCUUUUCGGUUGUUGGAAUGUGUGUGUGUGUGUGUGUGUGUGCGUGAGUGUGUGUGUGCGUGUGUGUGUGUGUACACAGCCGUUAUUUUCUACUUUUGACUUGUCGAACACUGGACUAAAGUGAGACACAAACAAGCAGCACAGGACACGGCGUCACCGUCCGUCACGUCACCAAACAAAAGUAAAUAAAUAAAUAAAUAAAAUGGUGUUAAAUUUGUUAAAAAAAAAAAAAAAAGGUUCGAUUAGUGACCGAAGGUACGUGCUGAUAAUCAGAGCCGCAAACCGACCACCAGGACACGGGCAUCAUCCACACCUUCAGACCUUCCUGAGCGUGCCUUCUGCCUUCUGUGUUUCCUCUCGACUCGACAGGAUCACAGUCUUCAAAUCUGAUUCUUUUUGAUCAAAGUGGAAUCAGUUCAUUUUGUUUAUUUAGCUCACAUUUUUCCAUCGAAUUUAAACGACGUUUGAAGUCUUGUGUUAUUUUUUCCCCAUGAGCCUAUAAAUAUAUAUCUGGUGAUAUGAGAGCUGAGUAUCAGCACGUGCCCGACGUCGUCCACCUGUAAUCGUUAGAAAAGAAAAAAAAACAAUCAAACAAAAAGGGAAACCACUUCAAUAAAAAGUUCAACCAAUUUUACUAAACCACUAAAAGCGUAAAAGUCGUCUCACGCUCUUUGUCUCAAAAUGCUCUUCUUCUUCUUAUUCUUAUUCUUCUUCUUCAACAACGACGACAACGACAACACCCCCGACUGCCACUUUUUAAAAAAAAAAAUACAAAAAAAAGAGAAAAAAGAGAUUUGCACUAAAGUAAUAGUCGUCUUCUCGGAUGAGCGUCAGUUUGUAGUAGAGAACAGAGGAGAAGAGAUGGAGUGUGAUGGUGAGCUGCCCGUGCACUCGCACCAUGCUGUGUGUGUGUGUGUGUGUGUGUGUGAGAGAGAGAGAGAGAGCUGAGAAUUUUUUAAAUAUUUAAAAAUGUACAAAAAAAAAUGAAGAAAAAGAAAAGAGAAAGGUGUGUGACACGUGACGUCCUGGAGGCUCGCGCUCGCUCACGCCAGCGCUGGAUUCGUGCUCGAUGAGGCGAUAGAGGCGAAGAGAACGAGGCGCGUUUGAACUUUAGUACUUCCGGUUUCCUCGUGUCAUUGUUUUAGGGGAAAAGAGAGAAAAACAAACAAGAGAGACGGUGGAAACGGAGCUCCGGAGAUCCGUCCCGGAAACACGGCGCCAAAAAAUCUGUUUAAAAAAGAUUUUAAUGGAGUAAAUAAUAAAAAAAAAAACAACACACACACACCGACAUCCACAUCAGUUUCUCUCCGUUAUUAGAUCUGUUAACUUCAGUAACAUAAAAGACGUAGUGUGUACAAAAGAUGGACUUUUUCUUCCUUCUGUUUGUCAUCACUGGUUUUUGUCGUCACGCUUUUCACACAACAAACAGAAGAGCAGGCGUCUUGUUCCCGGGACACGCCGGAGAAAAAAAAGGAGAGAGAAAAAAAACCCCUUGUGAGUGGGAGUGUAAUCAGUGUAAACGCCUGUCUAUAGGAAAGCUGUUCCUUUAUUUCUGCGUGCGACUUUACGAGUCACGCACACACACAGGCCGGGAAAAGCAGCCGUAAGGGAAAAGCACAAACCCGCAGCUUCUUUCCUUUACGGCUGCUUUUUCUCUCUACGCUCAUUAAUAAUCGAUAGCAAUCAUAAGUAGUGAUGAAUUUUUUUGGAUUUUGUCAGAACUAGUGGCUUUAAUGUAAUAAGCGCUUCGUGGUGUUUAUUGAAAGGUGUCGCAAAAAAAAGAAAUAAAUAAAUAAACAAGUAAAUAAAUAAAAGGUGUCACGUCUCAAAAUCGUCGCGUGUUAGAGGAAGCAUAAGUAUGUGCCUUCAAUGUGAUCUUUCUUGGUGAGCUUGUUAUUCUCCAGAAGCUGAAGCCAGCGAUUGUGUUUGCACUAAAACCAAAACCGCUUUGUCGUGAUGUAGGUGAUUUAAAGCGAGCUUUGUCGCGUCACUUUAACCGUGUGCAUGAGGGUCAAUUUAGGGCUAGAGCUCUCAUAACGCUGAUCUGUAAACUAGUGCAGCUUAUGGAAAAAUCCCCGGAUUUAAAAAAAAAAAAAAAAGAGAAAGAAAUACAUUAAAAAAUAAUAAAUAAAUAAUAAUAAUGAAAUAAAGAAUAUCUGCUUCGUUCUGUGUCGCAUUCAGUUCAGAGCCUCACAUACUCACGCUCUGGAAACAUCAUCGGUUAGAUGUGUGCCGACCAUCACACACACACACACACACACACACACACACACACACACACUCAACACCAUCAUGAACACCAGAAAGGCACCAUUAUCACACAAGAUGGGUAAUAAACAAACACACACACACACACAGGAUGUCGGCACACACCUAACACACACACACAGCAUAAAGAAAGAACUUUGUUGGUUUGUUUGUUUUGUUUUGUUUUUUUAAGCACGCAUGAACUCACAAGGUCGCCUCGAGACUAUUGGUCAUAAAGUUGUUUUUGUCUUCUUUUGUAAAUUAUUCUUGGUAUUAUAAUGAUUCUGAUUCUGAUGAUUGUUGUUAUUGUUUUUAUUAUUAUUAUUACUAUUAUUAUUAUUAUUAUUAUUAUUAUUACUAAACUGAUUACUGACUUUGUUAGUGGGAUAUAAAAAGCCUCCAUGCUUUGAGUCUUAGAAAUGCACCUUAUCACGGCCGAGUCGAGUCGAGUCGAGUCUUCUGAUGCGUCUGAUUCAGCACCUUACAACGCAGCAUGAUCUCACCUUACUGUACACCAGUCUCGCUCACAACAACAACAACAACAACAACAACAACAGCAGCAGCAAAAUAAACCUGAUUUCCAGAAAAAAGAAAGAAAGAAAGAACAUUUAAAGGGAUGUGCCAAAGUUUGGAGGCGAUCUCCCUUGUUAUUAUUUUGUUGUUUUAUUUUUUGUUUUUUUUUUUUGUUUUUUUUUUUGUUUGUUUGUUUGUUUGUUUUUAAGACAUACUAUUCCUUUCAUUCUCUUCUCCUUCAGUUAUCGCAGCGCUACCUUCAUGUAACCUUUCCUAUAAACGUGUUUAAGGAAAACAUAAAACGAAAAAAAAGAGGAUUUAUUUCAGCAGUCAGUAUCAUUACCUGCCAUUUUACAGUAAGCCCUGUAUUUCACGUAUAAUUACCAGUGAUGUGUAUUUGUUAUUAUACAGAAAAAUAGCUGUAAAAGCUUCAUUAUGUUACAUAAUAUUGUGACUUUUUUUUUCGAAAAAAACUGUGAAGACUUAUCUUGCAUAUACUUUAUACAGAAGUAUUAAGCCUUAAUACAAAAGACUAAAAAAAGGAGUGGAAGAAUAACUGAUUGUCGCAAAAGUAAGGAUGAUGAUUUUUUUGUAAAUGUUACCAGCACUUUUUUGUAAUUUUCACUCUUCUUGAGGUAUUGUACAAGUUCACGCUGUUUGUGAAGUUUGAAUAUGAAGGAAUAAAAACUAGUACUUUCCUGUACUUCACACAUGA